AGACCGAGUAAAACGGCGAGAUUUCAGGCUCCACUGUGGAAAAGCAUCCAUCCAUGCAGAGCCUGCCUGUCUGCGCACACCACCACACUGAUCCCCGGGAAGAAGCAGAGGAGAGUCAGAGCUGCUGCUGCUGCUGCUGCAGGUCUCCGACAUGGCGAAAGAAGGAGCACACAUGACCGAGGAAACCGAGUUCAUGAUAGACAAAAAUGUGGGCAAAGAGAGGGACAAAGUGGAAUCGUCCAGCGAUGCCAAAGAAAUGCGAGCCAUAAUUCUCACAGGUUUUGGAGGUCUGAACAAACUCAGGAUAACCAAGAAGGCAAUGCCAGAGCUGCAAGAGGGAGAAGUGAAGAUCCGCGUCAAAGCAUGGUAAAUAUGAAAAACACCACUGAUUCAUUUUAACUAAAGGCCCACUUAUAUAUUGUCUUUUCACAUGUUCCCCACGCUUAGCAGAUUUUUUUUUUAUUAUACUUGGGGUUAAAGCUGAGUAACAUGGAAAAUUUCGCAGUGAUGAAGCUACAGGUCAUUUUCAGCUGGAGCUUUGCAAAUCAUGUAGUAAUGAAGAAUCAUCAGUGGCUGGAUAUUGUCACCAUAAUCAGAUUUAAUCUUUAAGAAUGGAUUGUUGUUGCUUCAGUAAGAUAAUAUAGAUUUACUCCUCAUGAUAUUUCAUUAACGCUGGACUAAUGACUAUCUUAGAGUUAGAAAAUGUUGGUAAUAGAGAAUAUACCAGUUAAAUCUGGUCCUGUAUUCACAAGGGGAUAGUCAGUAAAUCACUGCUGAUGCUGAUGACACAAGGCUCAGGCAAUCACUAAAUCUCAGAGAAUUGAACACUAAAUCUCUUAUUGAUUAAGCAGCCAGUUGGUAGAGACAGUCUGAUUCACGAUUUGAAACAUCGAUUUGGUCUCUACAAACCAUAAGGUCCUGUUUAUUUUCCGUGUUACAGUGGCUUGAAUUUUCUGGAUCUGAUGGUGCGUCAGGGGAACAUUGAUAACCCCCCUAAACCUCCUCUUGUGCCUGGGUUUGAGGUCUCUGGAAUAGUUGAAUCAGUGGCUGAAAACAUAGCAGAAUUUGAGGUUAGUGAACUAAGGAUCAUUAUAACUCGAUAUUGAUGUGAUGAAUGAAUUCAUGUUGUCUGUAUCUGAGCAACUGAGUCCAUUUGUUGUGAACCUAAUAAGAUAUACAUUGCAAUUUAUCCUCAAUCUACUUAUCGGCCUCUCAAGUCUGUUUGUUUUUCACCACCAUGUUUCAGAUAGGGGACAGAGUUAUGGCUCUUGUAAAUUACAAUGCCUGGGCAGAGGUUGUUUGCGCACCAGUGGAUUUUGUCUACAAGAUGCCGGAUGACAUGACUUUUUCAGAGGCUGCUGCGUUCUCCCUCAACUUUGUGGCUGCUUAUAUGAUGCUGUUUGAAGUGGCCAACCUGCAAGAGGGGAUGUCAGUGUUGGUUCACUCAGCAGGUGGGGCUGUCGUAAGUAUAUUUCUUCUAUGAUCGUUUCACAGCUGCAGAAAAAACAUCUGCGACUUUUACAAAUGUUACGGUCAAAACUGAAAGUGGAACAUGGAGUUUGUUCUUCAUGUUUAUGUAUAAUAACUGUUGCGAUGUAAAACCAGAAUAUUACAUGUUUUAAAUUAAGGAACAUUAAAGGAGUAUUCCAGCGUGAUAUUAAUUUAGGGUCAAACACACCAUAACACCGAGUUAGACACCCCCUCAAGAGAUGAAUGUUGCCGACUGCUUGCUUCCCUAGUUAAACUAACUUUAGUAACGACCGCACAAUAGCAAUACACCGAGGUCUGAGGAGCCAUACACAAACCUCAACAAAAGCGCCGCUCUAUAGCCACGAAUAAUGCUCAGAACAACACCUAACUUCAUCAACACAGUACAUAUAGGGUCCCAGCCAUAGUACUAGCCACCAAACAUCUUUUUAACUUUGCCUAAUUUCUUUAGCGAAGAGACUAAACACAACUCACCUACUCUCUUCCAGCAGCUGCUUGUUUGUAGCGAGACCUCGACCAGUCCAUCAUUGACUGAGGCGGGUGGAUGCAGCUCAAGGAAGAACAUUUAUGAUCAUUACUUCAUAGAAAUAAAAUCUGACCGAGACACUAAGGCAGAAGAACUACCGCGUCUGCAGUGCAAAAUGAUUAUUAUGAUGAUUAUUACUUCAAGGAAAUGAUAAAGAAAUGAUCAUAAAUGUUCUUCCUUGAGCUGCGUCACCCUGCUGUAUUCCGUAAUGGACUGGCCUGGAGGUCUCGCUACAGACAACUGGUUGCUGGAAGAGAGUGGUUGAGUUGUGUUUAGUUUCUUUGCUAAAGAAAUCAGGCAAAGUUAAAAAGAUGUUUGGUGGCUUGUGCUAUGGCUGGGACCCUAUAUGUCCUGUUGAUGAAGUUGGGUGCUGUUCUGAGCAUUAUUUGUGGCUAUAGAGUGGUGUUUUGGUUGAGGUUUGUUUAUGGCUCCUCAGACUACUGUGUAUUGCUAUUGUGUGGUCUUUACUAAAGUUGGUACAACAAGAGAAGCAAGCGGUCGGCAACAUUCAGCGGUCGGCGUCUAACUUGGUGUUACAGUGUGUUUGACCCUAAAUUCAUUUUAUGCCGGAAUAUCCCUUUAAUGCUCCAUUUGUUCAAAAGCGGUUGCUAUAACGUUCAUGAAUCUAUCAGAAGCUUUAGUCUUAUAGACGUGCUAUCUCAAGUGAUUAAUCCAAUGCAGAUGCUCCACUGGACACCUCUCUAGAUUUCUGCAGUUUCAUUGUUUGUACUUUUGUAUUUGUGUGAUGUUGGUUUAUUCAGAGUUAACUCCUGUGUUCUCAUGCACUGAUACAUUUGUGCUACUGUUUGUUAUUUUCAGGGACAAGCUGUUGCUCAACUCUGCUCCACUGUACCUAAUGUCACCGUGUUUGGCGUCGCCUCAAGUUCCAAACAUGCAGCCAUCAGAGACUCAGUGACUCACCUCUUUGACAGAAACGCUGAUAUCGUGCAGGAAAUCAAAAAGUACGUACAGAAAAUCUUUGAUUGUGAAUUUAUGCUUGUAUUGAGUCUCUCCUCUGACUUUGAAGACAUUGUCAUUAUUUAUUAAAUAUUGAAUACACGGCAUACAUAUAAAGCAGUAUGCCUACGUGGACCUCGCUGUCCUUAGAGGGCUGCGGAAGGAUGCCAAUGUUACCUGUUGCCUUAUUUGGUCUUUUGUAGCCAUGGUUCCCAUGGCAACACACAGCUCAUCUCACAGCAGCAUUGUGCAGGGUGGAGGUCUGCUCUGACUAUGUGGAACAACUGAGCCAAUUAGUGCUGAGCAUUGAUACGCUCCACAUUCCAUUCAUUGCACAGCACACUGUUAGCUUGUAAGCACAGCAUAGUAAACACUUUUAAUGAAACAGAUGAAGAUUUAAUUGAUUUAUGAACAAUUCAGAGAUUCAGGCAGCUUUAAUUGUGACAUAAUGGUGAGAUACAUAAACUGAAUGCAUAUGACAUAAGCUGAACGGGUCUACAGUUCAAAAUGGAAAAAAAAAGGGUUUAAAUAAUUUGUCCCGAACACUUCAUGGUUUCUGUCUACAUAUCUAGUUGUAGUGGAUUAAUACGCCUUUCAUCUCUCUGGCUCACACAUUCUUCUCAGGAUCAAGAGCAAAGUACUCUUAAAUUAGUCUUUUUACAAAAGGCAAAAACCAUGGGAAUCACAAGACCACCAAGCAGUUUAGCCAAGCAGGUGUCCAGGACCACAAGGCAGAAAGUAAGGACUUAUGGCUGCCUCGUUCAUGACAUGCCUUUCAUUCUUUCAUAUCUGUGGGCAGACUUUUUUUGUCUGGCCAUGUCUGUCUGCAAUAAGAACAUUCUGAAACAUGACUUGGAGGAUAUUACUGUGGAGCAGCGCCAGCCUUGUAGACCAUCAGCAAGGUCUUCAUAAAAAAAACAGAGGCAGGGUUUAAAAGAAUGAUGCAGGUUGUAAACUGUAGGGUUUCUUCAGCAAGAAAAGAAAAAUAAAAGAAAAUGCCCAUAACUUGUGAAUUUAUAAUUUUUCAAAAGGUGAAACUACUCUGAGGUAUGGGUCAUGCGUAUAUGAUGAGGCCUAUAAUAAGUCCAUAUAUGUUGUAUGGACUUUUACUGUGUUUCUUACUGCUUAGAAUAUUUUUCACAAAUGAAUUUGUGAAACUAUGCUUUGUAAGGUGGUUAACAAAGUCAUAAAUCAACCUAAAAUUAAUCUGAAGCUGGUUUUCUGGAGCAACUUAUUUUCAUUACUUAUAAAUCUGUUAAUUAAUGCAGCCUAGAAGUUGAAAAAGUGCUAAUCUCUGUCUCUCAAGGCUGCAAAUUCUUCCCUUUGAGAGUCAAAAACACACACAGUGAGUCAAGAAUAAUCAAUGAAAUAGUUUGAUUGACUUAUUGUGUGAGUAAUUUGGUUUUAUAUCAUCGCAAGCGAAAGAUUUUUGGAUUUUAGUCUGAUAUUAAAACACAUAUGGCUCUUUGAGAAAGCCAUUAAAUUUUUGUCCGGUAUCUGACAAAUUCAUUGGAAAGAAAUGCUGAGUCAUUGUUUGUUGUCAAGUCUGCAUCUUCACAUGUAUUUGUUUUGUAGUAUUCUCUUUUUCAUUGAAACUUUUACCUUGUUUUUGUCGUGUCAGGAUUUCUCCAGAGGGAGUGGACAUCGUGUUGGACAGUCUGUGUGGGGAGAACACAGGGAAAGGCUUGAGUCUGCUGAGGCCUUUAGGAACUUACAUCCUCUAUGGUGGGAACAUAAUCUGGAUAUUGCUGUUUGUUUAUUUCCGUGUGGCUCUUCAUUUAGCACUGUCAAUACAGGAGUAAUCACACUGGAGUGUAAAAGUUUUAGGAAAAGGAAUAGUUUAGCACUCAGGGACACAAAUAUUUUUCUAUUAACGGGCUGUAAGAACAGAUCAAUACCACCGUCAUAACUCUCAAUAAAUACAAAGCUUGAGCUGAGAACUGGUAAAAGGUUGAAAAAGCCAGCGUGGAGACACAAUGAGUGAUGGCCCCCUGAAGAAGGAGGAUUAUUUUUCUGCAGAUAAAGCAAACAAGAGUCUUGAUUUUCAGAUUUGGAGCAGCUGAAAUUAAGAUGUAAGGUUUGAACAUUUUUAGCAAAGCUGACUUCUCUUUUUGCUAAACUCUCCCGGCCUUGACGUGAGCUGAUAACAGUUUUCUCUCUGCAAAAGGGGUAUAAGUAUGCUUCCCAAAAGGUCCUUUAAAUGAAAAUUCAGAGGCUCUCUCUCUCUCUAAUGAGACAUCACUCCAUAGACUACAAAUUAAACAUUUUAGCUCUCUUAGAUACCGCGCUAACCUGAUCUCUGUUAAUUAAAGUUAGGUCUUAUGAAUCAAUCAGCUACAUUAGAAGGAGAUUAAUUCAUUAGGUUGAGCCAUACUGAAUACGUGCAAAGGCAUGCUUGCACAGAUCUAAGGGUCUAAAGGUGCCAACAGUUCCUCCCUCCAUCUCACCCUUUGUGUGUUCGUAGCUGCCUAUUAUUGGCCAGCCACUUCUCUCCAGCCUUUUGCACAGCAUACAGCAAUGCUUUUCUUUUUGUCUUUUCAGGCGCAUCAAACAUGGUAACCGGGGAGACAAAGAGUUUCUUCAGCUUUGCAAAAUCUGUGAGUCCCCCGAGUUGAAGUCUGUCAUCAGCAUUUGUAGGCAACAGCAACCUGUUACUAUAAGUUGAACUUUUUACGAAAAAGUGCACACACAAUCAAGUUCAAUGUGCCUCCUUGUGUGUUUUUUCUACAGUGGUGGCAGGUGGAGAAGGUGAACCCUAUCAAACUGUAUGAGGAGAACAAAGUAAUGGCAGGAUUUUCACUCCUCAACCUCCUUUUCAAGCAUGGGAAAUGUAGUCAUGUGAAAUCAGUGAUGGACAAACUCUUGAGGCUCUAUGACCAAAAGAAGAUAAGACCUGUCGUGGACUCCCUGUGGGCGCUGGAGGAGGUAAGAGGGAGGAUGAUCAGAGGCUGUAUGACAGAGAGGUCUGUGAUUAUCAUACUUGAAAUCGUCUGAUCAUAGUGGUAAGAAAGUAGUUUCCAGGGAGAUUCUGAGGAUAGCAGGGAAAAAUCUUGGAUAGCAAACGAGCGGUUCUUUGUCGCUCUGUCUUUCUGCGGGACAUUGUCAGCUGUUCUUGGACUUAAUUCUACAGAUGGCGGGUAGGUUGCGUUUUCCUGUUUGACAUGUAAAUCGCGGCCACACAAAACCUGACCGUAUGGCCAAACGUCAAUCACUUAAUUCUUGAUUUAUGUACAAAUUCUUUAACUCUCCAUUUAACUGCAAUAAAUUCAUUUAAUGAUACAGUCUAUUCACAAUAUUCCAUACGGUAUGAUACAACACAAAACUAUACAAUACAAAACAAUAUUAUAUGAUACAAUAUGAUACAAUAUGAUACAAUACGAUAAACAUGGUGCAAUGUGAUCAAAAUGCUGUCCUGUACUGUAUCAUAAAGUAUGUAUAUGAGAGACGAUACAACGUGAUAAUAAAGAAAGUGAUUUGAAUGGUUAUGAUACAAUAUGAUGAAAAUACCAUACAUAGGGUACAAUACAGAAUGGUAUAUUAAAACAAAAUUUAACAUGAUGUAAUUACAAUAAAAUAUAAUAUGACACAAUAUAAUAGGAUACAUGAUAUGAUAUGAGAUGCGAGUGUGAUGUGGUAUUAUGAGAUAUGAUAUAUGAUAUGAUAUGAGAGAGUGGUGUGGUAUUUUAAGAUAUGAUAUCAUAUGAGAUGUGAUAUGAUAUGAUAUGAGAUGAGAGUGUGAUGUGGAAUUAUGAGAUAUGAUACAACCUUGUGGUAUAUGAUAUGAUGUGAUAUAUCAUCAACAGUUUACCAUACUAUACUAUAAGAAAUUAUACAAUAGGAGAUGAUACAAAACAAAACCCUAAAACAAAAUACGCUUCUUUUUGGCAAUUAAGCAAAACAUUUUUGUGGUCGUACAUGAGAGUACUGUCAGUGGUGUCAGUCUGUUUCUGAAGUUCACUUUUGGAGCUGAACAAUGGCAGCCGCCAUAUUGGAAAUGCUGACUCAACAGAAGUUUCCAGUCUAGCGAGAGGUAAAGAGAUGGCGUUGAGACAAACUUUUAGCUUCUUCACUUAGAAAUUGACGCUCCUGAACAUGGUGUAUCACAAACUGUUCAGACCUUAACUGUUUCUUGUAAAAAGGAUGCAAAUAUUUUUUUUUGUUGCUCUAAAUAUAUACUGCAAUAAUCUGUAGUUUUUGGCUGGAGGUUGCCGAUUGUUCUUGAACUCCAGUACUACACACAUUUGGCUGCCUUUAUAUUAGUACUGAUAAAUGAAAUAAAAACUGAAACUAUCAGUUAUCCAUUGGCAAACAUCUGCCAAAGUCCUUCAAUAUAUUCAGCAAAUUUUUACCUGUACUUGAGUUCAUCUGGAACAUGCCCUGACUUAACAGGUCAUAUGUGACUCACACCCUAAAAUCCUCCAGGAUUCCAGAUAAAAAGUGAGGCAGUGCAGGUAAUAAAUUCAUUACAAGACGCUGGUCCAGUCAUUCUGAUCAUUUUUUAAUCUGCAGACAUAGAUUUUCAUUUCUCAUGGGAAACUCCCCCACUACUGUUGUCAUUAAACCUUGGCAGAUUGUACAGGCCAUUCACUGGAACCAUUGCCCAUGAACAAUCUGGUUAGAGGGGGAGGAUGGCGUGGGAUGUAGUGCCAGGGGCACAGUCGGCCUCAUUUGUUUGUAUGCCUGGAAGGAGAAUUGUGGGGGCGUUAGAUGAUGUGUUGACCAUGGAAACCUUUUUUUCUGGAGUGAAAAGUUGCAAAUGUGCAUGUCUGAAACAAAUUAAAAGGACCUUGUCUGAACAACAGUAGAUUAGAUUUUCCGUCUUUCCUCUUUAAUAUUAUUUGUAUAUAGAAUACUAGGAUAAAGCAGUAAACCUAGACACGGAGGGUUAGAGAACCUGGAGAGUCCAAUUAUGCUUAAGUAGAUCUUCUCAUCCCUCUCAUAAACUUAUAACCAAGCAGCAGCAUGCUGGGAAUGUUUCUGACCUAAUUAUGCCCUUGGCAUGGUUUCUGCUGGAGUUUUUUUAAGCAAAUGAAUGCUUGUAAUACAAUGGCUGAUAGACAAAGAGCCACAUUCACUUGUGUCUUUGUGUCAACCAUAAUGAGAAAGCAAGAUUUGACAUCCUUAGUCAUCAUUUGUGGUGUCGGUGAAUUUAACAUUACACAAUUAAGUCAAACAAGAUUUAAUGAGUUGUGUUUGUGCUUCAUUGUUAGCAUGUUUUACCAAGCCUGUCAUUGGAAGUAAAAGGUUUUUUUGGAUGAGGAGGAGGGGAUUUUGGAUGAGCACCAGAUUGCAGUAGUAGCAUAACUGUAGUGUCUGCGGUCAUCUGUGUCCAAUAGCUUUCCAUAAGUCUUACUUUAAAGGUCCUUUCACCAGAAAAGCAGUGACGAGGAGCUUGUAAUCUGUUAGCAGUGUUAAAAGAUUCACAGAUACAACUAGACUUGUCCCCCAACACUCUGCUCGUAGUGAUCUCUGCAGUUGAUUGAUACUACAUAUCAAAAUCUCAUACUUUUAUUAGUUUAGCUCGGACGAGUCAAUCACCGAGUGUAGCAGUUUUGCAGCUCAAGGAGGAACAUUUAUAAUUAUUACUUCACGGAAUGCAAUCAGACCGAGACGCUAAGGCAGAAAAACCACCGCGUCUGCUGUGGAAAAUGAUUAUUAUGAUGAUUACUACUUCAUGGAAAUGAUCAGCUGCACUUGGUGAUUGACUCAUCAGGGCUCCCCCACAAACAAGCAGCUGCUGGAAGAGAGUAGGUGAGUUGUGUUUAGUCUCUUUGCUAAAGAAAUCAGGCAAAGCUAAAAAGAUGUUUGGUGGCUAGUGCUAUGACUGAGACCCUAUAUGUACUGAUGAUGAAGUUAGGUGCUGUUCUGAACAUUAUUUGUGGCUAUAGAGUGGCGUUUUGGUUGAGGUUGGCACGUGGAGAUGUGGACCGCUGUGUAUUGCUAUCCUGCGGUCGUUACAAAAGUUAGUAUAACUAGAGAUGCAAGCAGUCAGCAACAUUCAUGGUGAAAGUUAGAGAAAUAUCCGCUAAUAAAACCUAUUGUGGAGAAGCCCGGCCCCUUAGAGGAAGAGCUCUGCCUGUAGAUCUGCGCUGCACUGUUCAUUGUGAAAAGGAACCUGACACUUAAUCCCCACCACCACCACCUUUUAAAUUUUGUUCAUGUUCAGACUGUAACCACUCUGACAAAAGUGAAUCAAAAAUCAGCAUCUUCAGGAGCACACUCAUGUUUGUGUAAACUUUUUAAAGAUAGUAAAUGUUCAAUCACAUGAGAGUGAAAGGCUGUUCUGUUGAGAGCUACAAGAGCAUUUAUUGUACAUAGUAUUUACUCCGUCUUCAGAGCUGUCAUUUCCCUGCCGCCUGCUGGGUUGUCAAAUCACAUUUUAAAGAUUCAGCCUGUAUCCUCCCUGUACUCAUGUUAAAUGCAGAGCUGCGCUUGUGUGCUGAAGGAAACUUUCCAGGGUCAUUACUACAGACAGUGACGUGUUCAGUCUGAUGUCAAAUGUAGCUCUGCAAAGUGAGUCAUGACCAUUUGUCAAUUUAGAUAAUAGCAGCUCUAAUAAAGUAAUCAUGUGUCUGUAAUGACCAGAGAAUGACUGGAAAGGGUCUUUGUGAUGAUUCAUUUUAGAAAAUGAAGGAAGUGCUUUUGGUUUUUGUAAAGCUCCACCAUGAAAAAAAUAUUAAGCGUAUACUUAUGAGUAAUCUCCACUCUAUAUACUGUAUAUGUUUCAUUUGAAUAUUGCUGUGUUUUUACCCCCACAGGUGAAAGAGGCCAUGCAGAGAAUCCAUGACAGAGUAAACAUAGGAAAACUUAUUCUGGAUGUUGAGAAGUCUCCCACACCUCUGGUAGUAACAACAUUUUCAUUUUCCCUUUCUUAUGUAAGUAAAGUUUUCAGAAAGUAAACAGCAUAAUGGAAAGCUAGGUGUGAAGAGAUGUACUAGUUUCAUAUAUGCUCAGUUUUUAUUAAGACUUGCAGUACCUUUUUACCUGAAAGUGUGUGAUUAGGAGGUGAAUUGAUUUAAAAGUAACCAAGCAAGUCUGAAGUGUAACUAUCACCAGCGCAAAGAAAGAGGGGGAGUUUGCACUUUAUCAGCAAGGGGAAGAAUAUUCUUUCAGAGGCAGAUGGAAAAAGAUUCAAAACAUGAAUUGAGAUUUUUUUAAAUGAGCUGGUUGAGUUGUGACUGUAAAGUUCAUUCAUAAAAAUCUAAAAUGAAAGUUGUUAUUUUUGAGAAAGGGCAAGUAAAUGUGACUUUUCUUUCUGUGAUUUAUAAUGCUAACUUUUUAAAAUUUGCUGUGUGGAAUUUGAUGUUUCUAAAUAGUAUGGCCAUUUUAAGCGCAAAUUAAGUCAUAAUAGUGCAGUGGAAAGGACUGUUAAACAGGUGGUUAGUGUUAACUCUGUACUAAUCUCAAUAAAGUUCGAAGAUAUAAAGACAUUCUCAUGAUAAAUGGAUAAACUCUUUAUAUCUGUAGCUAUUUGUCAGCCCAGGGCACAUUUACACAGCUACUAAUCAGACUGUAUAAUGUAUAAACUUACUGAUAGAUGAAUCGUGUUAUCUCAUUAGAUGGCCAACGACAGCACAGAGACCAGUGAGGCAGGAGAAGAAGAAGAAGAGCCUGAGGGAGACAAUGACAGCAAGGAGCGAAUGCCUUUCAUCCAUUAAACCCAACAUCACAGCAAACCCAGAGAGACUGCAGAGGUCCACCACAGGGGAACACUGCCACACACAGACACACACAGAGGUUUGUGUGUGUCUGUGUGUAUGUGUAUAAAUGAAUGAGUGAGUGCAGGUAUGCAUGUGUGCAUGACUGUAUGUAUGUGCAGAAACUGUUUGUACUUUUUGUCAGUCGACUGUCAGGCAGCAUUUUGGGUGAAUGGAGGCUAACAACAUGUUUGUCACCACGGCAACAAGUCCAAGUGCCAUUGCAAACUUGUAGGGUUCUAAUGUUCUUUACUCAUGAAGUAAUGUUAUGCUAGCUAAUGAUGUGAAUGGUUUGUGUCUGUUUUGCAGUUUAUCGUCAAUGAAUUGGACACAGGUCAAACAAGCAUUUAAACCUGCAGACUUGCUCGUACAACUUUAAAGUUAGCACUCCUAAAAAGAGAAUAGAACAUUAACCACAAUAAAUGAUUUUCUAAUGUCUCAGAAAGUGUGUAUCUAUUUUGCAUAGAUAUCUGCAUGGUAUUUUAAUCUUAGUUGCCAGUAAUGUAUUAUUAUGGGAUCACCAGUGCCUUUUUAGCUGCAAACACGUGUUUGAUACUUGAACUGCUUUCCAUAUGUGAAGUUUGCAUCGAACAUCCUACAAAAACUGUGUUUCUAACUGGAGUACGAUAAAAUUUUAAUAGCUGCUUUCCUGUCUGAGUGUAGAGUUUGUAUUGAGGUAAAUCUAAAGUGCCACCACAGCUCUCUAUAUGAAGUAAUUUAACCUACGAAGGAUGUAUUUUCCUACUAAACUUUAUAUCAGGAUUUUCUCCUUAAAUACAACUUAUGCCAGAAAAAUAUUUACUUUCAGGUAAAUACACCAAAGUCUCAGUUUUGUAAACACUGGGAUUGACUGAGUUUUAACGGCUCAAAUUUAUCCAGAAUCCUGCAAAAUUACAUCUUUAUAAAAGGUAACCUACAUAAAUUGAAUCAGUCAGAUGCAGUCCAAGUUGGUGGAGUUUUUGCUCUGCAGACUCUGACCGAAGUUGUUUACAUGCUGGUGCCUCACAACAGAAGUGCCGUAAGACGCUCAUGUAAAUCAGUUUUACAAUGUGCUGUAAGCCUCUGCUUUAUUCCACAUGUGCAAGUUGUUUUGAAAUGCACACUUGUACACACCUCCUAUGGAUUUCAUUUUCUCUUAAAGCUCAUAUAAGGAGUUUCUUGACGUUUAUGAAAUAGACAAAAAAUAUAAUAUUUAUGCAUUUUCAUGAUACCCAAAAGCGAAGCCAGCCAGUCACAGCCAGUAAAUGAUCAAUUUCACUGUCAAAUGUCAGCAGUAUGAGAGAUUUUUGGUCAAAAGUCACAAGCGGGUAGAGGACAAGAUAAACAAAGACUGUUUUGUCCACAAGGGCGCCAAAAAUGACACAAACUGAAGGUUCCUCACAGGAGCUUUAAGAAUGAUGUUGUGACUAGUUAUCUGAAUUAUUUUUUCCUCGAUUCAUUAAGAAUGAAACCAAACUACACAUCAAAAUGUAUUUGCACCACUGUUCAAACAACUAAACUAGUUUGUCGUUAUUAUCAGUAGUCCACGCUUCAUGCGUUGAAGCUGAUUGAUACACAAUGGAAUCAAUAAAAGGUUGUUUAGAUUUAGAAGUUAAUUUCUAGUAUUGCAAAUAGGGGUAAUGAUAUGUAGGCGCUUUGGAAAUCACAUGUCAAUUUUGAUGCCUUUAAUGUCAGGUUUGCUGUUUUUGUGUCUGAUAGAGAGGGUGCAAGGAGUGAGCGUGUGAAUUCAUAUUGACUUAAAAAAAAAGAUGAAAUGUCUAGCAUUGUAGUAAGUUCACUCAAUUCCUGAAAAAUAUGGUUUACCUGUGGUUGUAUAUUUUUGUCACAUUUUUAUUUGUGUACUUUUUUUGAGUACAGCUCUGUUUACUUGAAUAAAUUGAACUGCAAGGUA